GCCCGCCUGCACCGCGCCAUGGCCCCGCGCGCCCGGCGCUGUGGCCCGCUGCCCGCGCUACUGGCGCUCGGCGCGCUGCUCGCCCGGCUGCAGGUGACCUUGCAGGUCACUCCUCCAUGUACCAGUGACAGGCAUUAUGAACAUCUCGGGCAAUGUUGCAGCAGGUGCGAGCCAGGAAAGUACAUGUCUUCUAAAUGCACUACUACCUCUGACAGCGUGUGCCUGCCCUGCGGCCUGGAUGAGUACUUGGAUACCUGGAAUGAAGAAGAUAAAUGCCUGCUGCAUAAAGUUUGUGAUACCGGCAAGGCUCUGGUGGCCGUGGACCCCGGGAACCGCACGUCCCCACGGCGCUGUGCCUGCACGACCGGCUACCACUGGAGCCAGGACUGCGAGUGCUGCCGCCGCAACACCGAGUGCGCGCCCGGUUUUGGCGCCCAGCACCCCUUGCAGCUCAACACAGACACGGUGUGCAAGAUUUGCCCUGUAGGCUACUUCUCAGAUACCUUUUCUUCCAUAGACAAAUGCAAACCCUGGACCAACUGUAGCAACCUUGGAAAGAUGGAGGCACAUGGAGGGACAGAGAAAAAAGAUGUGGUGUGCAGUGCACGUAGAACUCCGGCCGAGGAAACCCAUGUUUUCCUGCCUAGUUUGGUCAUUCUGCUUCUCUUUACAUCCGUGGCACUGGUUGCUGCUGUCAUCUUCGGCAUUUACUAUAGGAAGAAAGGGAAAGCACUCACAGCUAAUUUGUGGCACUGGGUGAAUGAUGCUUGUGGCCGUCUAGGUGGAAAUAAGGAGACCUCGAGGGACAGCUGCACUCUCCCUGCAGCCUCCAGUGAGCGGGAAGGGCGUGAAGGUGCCUUACUGCUGACGGUGGAGGAGAAGAUGGUCCCAGAAGACAUGUGCUUUCCGGAUGGUGCUGGUGUCCGUGGGGGUACUUGUGCAGGAGGCAGGCCUUGUGCACCCCACGAAGAUGCUGGGAUGUUCUCACUGGUCAGCGAGGUGCAGGCCGAGGGGGACCCCUUCAGGCAGAUUCCCACGGAAGAUGAGUACGUGGACCGGCGCUCACCACCCCCAGACUCUUCCCUGCUCCUGACCCAACCUGGAAGCAAAUCUACACCCCCUUUCCCGGAGCCUCUGGAGGUGGGGGAGAAUGACAGUUUGAGUCAGUGCUUCACAGGGACCGAGAGCAUAGAGGAUUCAGAAAGCUGUAACUCCACGGAGCCCCCAGGCAGGACUGACUGGAUCCCUGUGAAUUCUGAAAAAUGCUUACAAAAAGAAGUAGAAAGGGGCUGGGCGGCCAGCUCUGACUCAGCAGAGGGCUGCACAGGCUGUGGGGGCCCUCCCAGGGAAGACCAUGAACCCACUAUGGGUUCCCUGAAACGGGGACCAUUGCCCCAGUGUGCCCACAGCAUGGGGCUUCCCCCUGAAGGAGUGGCUGGAGGGACAGAGGGGGGCAGCCACCCCAAGGAUGGGGCUGAUGGAAGACUUCCAGGCUCAGCCAGGGGAUCUGGAAGCACCCCCAGUGACCAACCACCUGCUUCUGGCUUGGAACCCCAAUAUUGA